UCCCCGCGCUGUAUCUGCAGGGUGCUCCGACCUCGGCCAGGGACUUGUGGAUGGACUAGCGAGAAAAGAGUUCCUGGCCACAGGAGACCAGCCUCGACUGGGGUCAUGCAGUCUCAGCUCUCUGAAAGGGUGCGGAUCCACGUGGAAGAGGAGUUCUUUUCCGUGGACAAGCUCCUUCUGGUGGAGCACAGUGAAUACUUCCGCGCCCUCUUCCAGUCAGGCAUGAAGGAGAGCACGCAAAAAGAGAUCCAGAUCCAAGAUCUGAGCGCUGUGGGUUUUGCUGUCACGCUGAAGGUCCUGCAGGGAGAGCAUCCGCUGCUGAGCUGCGAGGAGAACCUCAAGGCGGUGGAGUGUGCCGCCUUCUUGCAGGUGAGAGCCCUGGCCAGGUAUUUGAUUGUUUCCCUCAAUUCUGACAACUGCAUCAUCCUCUACCAAGCAGCGGCCAUGUUUGGCCUUCUGGACCUCUUCCAUAGUGCCGCGCUCUUCAUAAGAGACAAUUAUUCUGAUCUGGAGGAGUACUUGGACUGCCUCUCUCCGGACCUUCUGGAUUAUGUGGAGUCCCUUAUACCCAGCACAUUUGUGGCGGUGGGAGCUCACACGCCCACUUUCGAGUUCCUGGAGGACCUCUCGCGAACCAUUUGCUACCUGGAGGAAGAGAGCAACACGUGGAGGACCCUUUCCUGCUUACCUCUGACUGCCAGCACAUUCCUCGCGGGGAUGGCAACCCUGGAUAACAAGAUUUAUAUUGUGGGUGGGGUCUACGGGUACAACAAGCAGGUGGUGGACCAAAGUUUUUGCUAUGACCCAGCAACCAAUAGCUGGAGCGAGUUCCCCGGCCCUCAGCAGCUCCGCUACGAUGUCACCCUGACGGCCCAAGACGAUAAUCUCUAUGCCAUAGGUGGGGAAUUUGAGAAGACCCCGCUGAAAUCAGUGGAGAAGUUCAAUGUGUCCACCAAGACCUGGAGCUUCGUUUCAGAUCUGCCCCAGGCAGCAGCGGCUGUCCCCUGCGCCCAAGCCAUGGGGCGCAUUUUUGUUUGUUUAUGGAAACCUCUUGAUACCACCAUCAUCUACGAGUUUGAGCCCCAGAAGGACGAAUGGCUCCCCAUCUCCACUCUCAACAGGCCUCAGAGCUACGGCCAUUGCAUGGUGGCUCACAGAGACAACCUCUACAUCAUGCGAAACGGGCCUUCCGAUGACUUCUUGCGGUGCGUGAUGGACUGCUUCAAUCUCACCACGAUGCAGUGGACCUCUUUACCGGGGCAGUACGUGAACAGCAAAGGGGCCCUCUUCACGGCUGUCAUCAGAGGGGAUACGGUUUAUACGGUCAACAAGGUGCUAACUCUGCUCUAUACCAUAGAGGAGAAUACAUGGAAAUCCAAAAAGGAGAGUGCUGGUUUUCCAAGGAGUGGUUCUUUACAGACCUUCCUCCUCAGGCUUCCGAGAACAGACCACAGCAUUGCAACUUAGGUAUCUAGUCUCUACUAAAUGGGUUGCUUGGAGAGUGACAUCUUACUCGCCACAUCUGGAUUCAGGAUGUUCAACUUUCCUCUCUUCUUUUCCAGUCCUCCUGGGAUA